AUGUCCGUUCAUGGAGUCCUCAACUAUCUUUCCCCUCUUGACAAGUGGGAAGAGAUCAAGCCUUACGAGAUCUCUGGUCGCGUUGCGCCAGGACAGCCCAAAAACAAUUUCGAGUUCACUCCACACGACGUAAUCAUCCACGAUGCUCGACAGUCUCCGCUACUCAACAACUUGGAAGAGAACGGGUUUGAAUGGGCGACUCACGUCACAGAAGAAUCAUUGGAGACCGAGACCAGCAUUUCCAAACACAUCAAAGAGAUGGAAGCAUUCAUAAAGCAACAUUUGCGAGCCGACAUGGUCAAGACGUUCCAAUACCAGAUUAGGAAAAGGGUCUUUGAUGUGCAGGAUCCGCGAGUGCGUCCACCUAGCAACUUUGUCCAUGUCGGUGAGUACAUGUCGCUCCGCCGUUAUGGACAUAGCGCUCAUGGAAUGAUAGAUGUCUCUCGAGCAGGCGCGGAGGCCCGGAUUCGCUUCAGCUUUCCAGAUGAGGCAGAACGCAUCCUUGAUGGGCGCUAUCGUCUUUUGAGCUUGUGGCGACCAUUGUUUUCUCCUCUGGAGGAUUAUCCCCUUGCCGUUUGCGAUGCCAACUCGGUUGAAGACAGCGACCUCGUGGAAAGUGACUAUAUCUAUCCCAAUUUCGAGAGCGAGUCCCUGCUAGUCAAACAAUCGGAGCGUCACAAGUGGUUUUACCUCCCCGGUCAGAAUAAAGAUGAGCUACUGAUCAUUACCAACUAUGAUUCUCGUACUCAACAGUGCGUUCCACAUUGCGGGUUUGAACUACCCAAGUCGGCAAAGUCAGUGCGGCUGCGGGAGAGUAUUGAGAUCAAAGUGGUCGUUUUCAACAAGACAGAGAAUCAAUGA